CCACCUCCUCCUCCUCCGGCUCGCGCAGGCAGUCCGGCACCCAAGCCAGGAGGCUGCGCGCCCAGCCGUCUAAGCGGGAACAGCCCCGGCGGCGGCAGCGGACGCGGGGCCGGGAACCUGACGGCCGCAGGCUGCGCAGGUAGGGGCAGCAGCGGGAGUUUGGCCGCCCGAGAGGGGGUCCCGAGCAGCAUGGCUGGGAGGCGCGCCUUCCCCGCCGCCGCGCGCCGGCUCUGGAGCAUCCUCCUGUGCCUGCUCGCCGUGCGGGCGGAGGCCGGGCCGCCGCGGGAGGAGAGCCUGUACCUGUGGAUCGACGCUCACCAGGCGAGAGUGCUCAUAGGAUUUGAAGAGGAUAUCCUGAUUGUUUCAGAGGGGAAAAUGGCCCCCUUUACACAUGAUUUCAGAAAAGCACAACAGAGAAUGCCGGCGAUUCCUGUCAAUAUCCAUUCUAUGAAUUUUACCUGGCAAGCUGCGGGGCAGGUAAGUUCUGAUAACCAGGAAAGAGGGAGAAAAUUACCCUUUAACAUAUCCACAGCCUGA